UCUAGAAAAAAACUAAUAAAGGAGUAUGAAAGGAGGAUAAUAUUUUUAAGAGUUAAAGAAUUUCUGAAGCCGCAACUAUUAAGCCGAUUAUGACUGAUGCACCAACUCCAGAGUACGCAACAGCAUCAACGUGGACACGAUCUCAGCUCCAUAGUUAUUAAGACACAACUGAGAUGAGCAGACAGUCUCCACCGCGAACACGAUCUCAACUCCACCGCGCACCGCCGGAAUCCUCUAUCACAGCAAGUCUGCCGGCAGUCAGACCUACUACUAGAUCCAUGUCCUUGAAACGCAAGUAUGAAGUUGCUCAACCCUCUACUGUCAAGAGGAAAGCUGAACCGGUCACUUCUAUCGAUUCAAAGGCUCCACGCUCAAGAGGAGCUCAAAAUCAGAUGAAGAAACCAUCGCCCCUUCAUAGCGCUUCUACUGAUGUUAACAUUAAGUCACAGAAUAGUGGUGGCAGACGUGACAAUCAACACUCAAACUUCCUCUGCGGUAUUUGCUUCAACUACAAACCACUCUAUGAUAUGUUUAAAAAUGACAAGUGUAACCACGCCUUCUGUUUUGCAUGCAUGGCAAAGCACGUGACCUCCCAAAUAAAUCAAAACUUUGUGAAGGUCACCUGUCCACACCCUAAUUGUUCCUUGGAACAAACCCCCAUAUCUGUGUUCCUCAUUUUUGUCAAGAAAGUGAUUGAAUUGGGGACAGCUCUAUGUGAGUCAACAAAUUCCGUGAAGCACAAGUAUGAAGUCGGUCAACCUUCUACUGUCAAGAGGAGAACUCAACCAAUAGCUUCUAUCGAUGCAAAGGCUCCAAACUCAGGAGCUCAAAAUCAGAUGAAGAAACAAUCACCCCUUCAUGGUGCGUCUGCUGAUGUUAACAUUAAGUCACAGAACAUUGGUGGCAGCCACUCAAACUUCCUCUGCGGUAUUUGUUUUGACUACAAGCCACUCUCUGAUAUGUUUAAAAAUGACAAGUGUGACCACGCCUUCUGUUCUGCAUGCAUGGCAAAGUACGUGACAUCCCAAAUAAACCAAAACAUCGUGAAAGUCACCUGUCCACACCCUAAUUGUUACUUCGAACAGAACCCUCAAUCUUUGCACCCUAUUUUGCCGCGGAAAGUGAUUGAAAAGUGGGACACAGCUAUAUGCGAGUCAACGGUUUCGGCAUCUCAUAAGACUUACUGCCCCUUUAAGGACUGUUCAGUUUUGUUGGUCAAAGACAGGGGAGAAGUUGUGACCCGCUGUGAGUGCCCCUCUUGUCAUAGGCUGUUUUGUGCGCAGUGUAGGGUUCCUUGGCAUGCAAGGGUGACCAGCUGUGAGGAAUUCCAAAGGAUGAAGAAAAGGAGUUAUGUUGAUCAAGAUCUGGAUAAAAAGUUCUUUAAGUUGGCCAAGGAUGAAAAUUGGCGAAAAUGUCCCUAUUGCAAUAUGUUUGUGCAGAGAGAUGGCGGAUGUGAACACAUUGCUUGCAGGUGUGGAGGUGACUUCUGCUAUUAUUGUGGGAAGAAUUGGGCGUUUGGACAUAUGUGUAAGAACUGAGAAGCGUCAGGGGAGACACAACGGAGAUUUGAGUUUCAAUAUUGGCAUCAGUUGUGUUUUAUUGUGUAUUUUUGUCCAUGUCUAUUAGGUUAUUAGGUUACUUUAAUGCCUUGUUUUCAACUAUGAAUUUCUUGUCAAUGUUUGUGCUUCACAUCAUUUUUGUUGUGUGACACGGCAUCAUACUAUGGGUGCAGCUAGGGCCUUUAUUAUUAGUACCAGACUCAUAAUUAAAAAGAAAUAUUUUAUAUGUGAAAGAAAUGGUGUAAAGAAGCCAUAUAUGGAUUACUAGAGCCAAGAACUUAGGCACAA